CACCGUUCUUCUCACCAGUCAAACGUACACACCGACACAGAUUAACAACAAAGACAAAGAGACACUCUCACACUCAACAGAGCAAAAGAAAUGGUCCUAGCAGCGUCUCUUCCAGGAGUUCAGGUCGAACACGUGGCGUUCCCAUCCACGGCAAAACCUCCGGGCUCAACCAACACACUGUUCCUCGGCGGCGCAGGGGUGAGAGGGUUGGAGAUUCAAGGGAAAUUCGUGAAGUUCACGGCGAUCGGAGUGUACUUGGAGAAUAAUGCAGUGCCGUCGCUCGCCGUUAAGUGGAGGGGAAAGAGUGCGGAGGAGUUGACUGAAUCCGUUGAGUUCUUCAGGGAUAUCGUUACAGGCCCAUUUGAGAAAUUCACACAGGUUACGACAAUCUUGCCAUUAACCGGCCAACAAUACUCGGAGAAGGUGACAGAGAAUUGUGUUGCCUUUUGGAAAUCUGUUGGACUUUACACAGAGGCAGAAACCAAAGCCGUUGAAAAGUUCCUUGAGGUCUUUAAGGACGAGAACUUCACCCCCGGUUCUUCUAUACUUUUUACGCAAUCACCCAAGGGAUCAUUGACGAUUGGCUUCUCUAAAGAUGGGUCAAUACCUGAAGUUGGGAAAGCGGUGAUAGAGAAUAAACUACUAUCAGAGGCAGUACUGGAGUCCAUUAUUGGCAAACAUGGUGUUUCUCCUGAAGCGAAGGAGUGUUUGGCUAAGAGGUUAUCGGAGUUGCUGAAACAGGAUACUGAUAAGGUGGCCGAAAAUCAACAAUGUGAAUGUGAAGGUCACUGAAGAGUAGAGUUGGAGGGAAAGGAAUAAGUGGAGACAGGAGAGCAAUGAAGAAUAUAGAUUAAAAUUCUCACUAAGUCCAUUUCAAGAUAAGUUCAUUUUAUGGUUCUGAUUAAAUAUUUUUAUGAUUUUAAAAGUGUAUCGAGAAUCACGAUCAUUUAAAAUUUUAAUAUACACUUUUAAAUCCAAGAAAAAAAUAUCUGAACUAUAAAAUGAACACGUUUGUUCCGUGAUUUGUAUCUUGGUAUUCUCUACUUGUAUAAGUAUGGUUCAAAAUAAUUGUGUUUAUCAAUGUAAAAGUCCUUUAUUUCCAUUCCUGAAUAAACCAUUUUAAUAUAUA